CUCUUCCUCACAUGAAGCAUUUACUGUCACCACUCACAAAGUACUUUUCUACUUAUCAACUCUCUAACGAUACUAAACGCAAAAGACAAAAGAGGACGAUGACGGGCAUUUUCACCCGUUCUAAUUUCUCUGCUGACGGGAUCCCAGAUUUGGAAGGGCAAGUGGCUGUGGUGACGGGUGGUCAGUCAGGCAUCGGUAAAGGGUCUUACCAAGAUCGGCUAGAGAUAACCGCCCAACUUUUGCUCCAUGGAAUCAAACAGGUCAUUAUCGUUGCUAGAAGCGAGGACAAGUUCAAUACUGCGCGCGAAGAUUGGAGUCAUCGAGAUGGAAUUAUCUGUGGUGAACAGGAUGUUCGGGUACAGUUUGUUCCAUGCGAUUUAGGGGAUAUCACCGAUGUUCGAGCUGCCGCAGAGAAAAUAAAAAAGAAGACAGACCGUGUUCGCAACUACAAAAUUCUCGGCUAUUUCGAUGACGAGUAUCCAAUCCAAGGACUUGGAGUUCCAUACGAAUACAAACUUUCACCACAGGGUAUCGACCGAGUCUUUGCCACCAACUGCGUCGGUCACCAGGUACUCGUUACUCUGCUCCUCCCCUUGCUAAAAGCAGCGGUUAUAACUGCCAACAACGGCGUACGUAUUGUUGUUACCAGCUCAUCUUUGCAUAGUGUAUGUCAGGGGGUUGAUAUCGACUUACUGUCCUCUCCGUCACGCGUGAAAUGGCCCGCUUUAUUUGAUGGGGUGUGGCGAUACGGUCGGUCGAAGCUUGCGAACAUUCUUUUCUCCAAAGAACUCAGCCGCCGACUCCUACAAGACUCUGAUCCGGCCAGCAAGAGAAUCUAUGUCAACUCGUUUUUCCCAGGUAACAUCGUCACGGAUCAGUGGGCAUCCUGGGAUUCGUACUUUGGCGCUCUGAUCGGCUCAUUGAUACGCGUUGCGGGUUCCUUCUUCGGCCAAACUCUGGAGCAGGGCGCUGCCACAGCUAUAUACCUCGCUGCAAGCGAUGAUGUGAGCAAGAACGAUUUUCGCGGUCGGUACUUCAUACCAGUUGCUAUGCCCUGCGAUCCGAGUCCGAUAGGGAAGAAUACGACAUUGGGUCGGGAUCUUUGGGACUGGAUCGAUGGCCAAAUGACCGAGACGCUGGGACUGAACUGGCGAACUGCGAUAUUGCAAAAGGAGCCGAAAGCUCCUGCGGGUCUCCAAGGUCUAGCUGUCGACUCCGCCUAAUCUUCUCUUUCCUUUAUCUUCAUGCCGCAGUUGAUUGAAAUGUUAUCAUUCGAGCGUCCCUUGGGAGGUCCUAAUGAGCGAAGGGUAAAUGUUCGGAACGCCCUUUAUCUCUCAUUUGCUGCGCU